CUCUCACAAAAAACAAUCGGACAUGCACAAAUAUGAUCAGAAACGACUUAAUUUGUUGACAUCCCGGCACUGAAGCACAUAUCGACUCACAAAACGUAAAAAAUCCGAGUUAUCCGCUGCUUUUUUGAGCCGCAACUUCGCCGCCACGGAGAUAUUGGCCGUAUUUUCGUGGCUUUUCGUGCUUCCAGCUGAUUUGAGAUGCUUUUUCUUCGUUGCCAAAGCUUCCCUAGGUUCCGAACUAGUCUGACACCUGCAGAUUAUGUUCAAAACCGCCUUGAAUCGACAAUAUUUGACCGAAAAACGCGGCAAAGAGUGCAAAACAAUGCAUUUAGAUGGGAGCAGCUGGGAGCGGCAUGGUUUUUCCUUCCCCAGUUACGUCACUGGGAAAGCAACAGCAGCGCCAGCAAAACUCGCUCUCCCCCACCACGUCUCCUGCUCAUGCGUGGCUGGGCAAUCUCCGCCCACAAAGAGAUCAUUCAAAUAUUCAAAAAUUAUGAGCAAUCAAAACUACAAACAUUUGAGCGGGUGGCUAGACCAGUAUGAAGGGCCGUUUCGGGCCCUUAACAGUGGUGCUGGUCCUGUGCAGCUGGGUGGUGACCCGAGCAGGCGACGACAGGGCGCAUGACAGACUGGCUGUUGUGCGAAGACUGCUCGAGGAGGUGCCCUUAAUUGAUGGGCACAAUGACCUUCCCUGGAAUAUUCGCAAGUACCUUCGAAACCAGCUCCAAGAUUUCCAAUUCUCGGAAGAUUUACGACAGACUGAGCCGUGGUCCAGGAGUGUCUGGUCACACACGGACCUCUUUAGAUUACGACAGGGCAUGGUCGGAGCUCAGUUCUGGUCAGCUUACGCGCCGUGCAGCUCGCAGUACCUGGAUUCCGUUCAGCUGACCCUGGAGCAAAUUGAUGUGAUCAGGAGACUGAUAGCACAAUACCCUCAGCACAUGCAGUUUGUCACCACGGCCGACGAGGUUGUGGAGGCCCACCGUGCCCGCAAAGUGGCCAGCCUCAUCGGGGUGGAAGGUGGCCACGCCAUCGGCACGAGUCUUGCGGUGCUGCGGGUCCUCUACCGGCUAGGGGCGCGAUAUCUCACACUCACGCAUACCUGUAGCACUCCUUGGGCAGACUGCUCCAAUGUCGAUGCACCGGGACAGAUUCCAGACCACGGCGGCCUUACUGAUUUUGGCAAGGCCGUGGUGCUGGAAAUGAACCGUCUUGGCAUGAUGGUCGAUCUGUCCCACGUUUCCAUUCUCACAAUGCUGGACGUGCUGCAGGUGACUAAGGCGCCGGUCAUCUUCUCGCACUCGGCGGCCCACGCACUUUGCAACAGCUCGAGAAAUGUGCCUGACCACGUCCUUCGACUUGUCGCUCAAAAUAGAGGGAUAGUAAUGGUGGCCUUUUAUACCUACUUUGUAAGCUGUAACGAUACUGCCACAAUUAGAGAUGUAGUAGCGCACAUCAAUCAUAUUCGAGACGUGGCUGGAGCCGACCAUGUGGGCAUAGGCGCCGGCUAUGAUGGCAUCAACUUGACUCCUCAAGGUCUGGAGGACGUGUCAGGGUAUCCUAGGCUUUUCGCUGAGCUGCUGGCCACGAGGCGAUGGACUGAAUAUGACCUUAAGAAAUUAGCAGGGCUCAACCUGCUCAGAGUGAUGAAAGAAGUUGAGCAGGUGAGAAAUGAGAUGCGAGACUCGGGCGUCCAGCCUUCAGAAGACCUAGUUCCAGCGCACGACCUGUACGGAAAAACCUAUUGCCGAUUUCCAGAAACAUGAACUUUGACUCUUGGCGUCUCCAAAAUGAGCAGAGGAAUUUUGCUGAAUUCGCACCCAGUGACAGAGCGCGCAGUGUGAAUUAGUGCUGAGAAAGUGAGAUAGUGUUCAAAAAUUUUAGCCGCGCCAAAACAAAACUGAUACAUACGCAACCAUCGACGCAAAUCAACAACCCCAAAAAAACUCAAGAACAGAGAAUUUUCACCGAGGAAAGAGGAGCCUUGCGCAGGCUUUUUAAACAAAUUUUAUUAUAGAAAAUAAAUUUUGACGGAAAAUUUGGUUUUUGUUUACAUCCAAACAUUUUCGCAAAUAAAAUGUCAGUUGGUUAAACAAAGUGGACAUGAAACAAAGAAAAAUGUACGCACACGUUGGUUAAAGAAUGUUAAUUAUUAUUGACUUGAGAGUAUAUUUGUAUUAUAUUAUGAUUGCUGUCGACGCUGAAAGAUGCAAGUCGUUGUGUUUGUAUAAAUUGGAGGAAAGAGGAUUUUUUAACAAAAAUAAAAAUAAAAAGAUAAAGCAAACAAUGAAAAGUUUUCAUUCCGUGUGUUAUUUUUAAUAAAUUGGUAAAAACUAAAAGCCAUUAA